AUGUUAUUGUUGUUCGGUGCUGGGAUAUGUUUGAAGUACGCCAGUGACGUGUGUAGUGCUGAUGGGAGACACGAUAUUGGUUGGUUGGUUACGACGAAGGUAGCGGAAUUGGAAUUAUCGCCGUUCUACGACUAUCAUCUUCCGCAGUGGUUUCCAACUCAUGCAUGGACUGUUCUGGUACUACUAGUGGGUCCGAGGAGUGUUCCGUUAUCAAUGGUUCAUGAUGGGAAAAUACGCGAACGGCACGUAUUAAUAGUUCAUGCGCGAAAUAUAUACGGUUUUUCUCGAGACAAAAUGAAGAUGUUUGAGUAUGCAAAUCGGGUGAAAUGCCCCAUAUGGAUACCCUGUUUUCUGUUUCUGAAUACUAUAGCAAUGGUCAUCGGUGGUUAG